AUGCCCGCACCGUCUUCAGAUCCUCUCCCGCUCUCGCUCUGCGACUUCGCACUCCCCAUCUUUUGCAACGGUCUAGGUGCUCUUCUUCAUAUUUUGGAGGAAGGCAGGAGAUUUGCAAACAAACAGGGCCUCAACGCGGACAAAGUAACAGUCUUUAUGAAUCUCGACAGAAUGACAGGUAACCAGUGGGACCUGGAUGGCCCUUUCAACAACAACGAGAAGACAUUCGAGGAAUUGGAGAUGAGAGUCUCGAUGGCUCAGCUCGAGGUGAGAGAGGUGAUGAAGGAGCGUCCUCAUAAGAGGGACGAAGACCUUGUAGACAUGUGA